CAGGAGAGAGCCUCAUUAAGCCACACAGAGGUUUAAGCAGCCAUACUGUUCAACUGAGAGGUCUUGUGGUUUUAAAGAUCAUCCAUUAUCCGCAAUCAUGAUCAAAUUGUUAAGUGUCGCUAUUGUUGCAGGAUUGUUUUUAGAAAGCGAACAGCAGCUUGUGGCUAAGCCCGUCUCCCUCCUUCCAGUGAAGCCAGGGUGGCCCUGCUACUAUCCCACCCACAUUCAGUGCUGGACAGACUGGUUUGACAGAGACGACCCCUCUGGAACUGGAGACUGGGAAACCCUCUAUAACCUUCGCAAAGAGAACCCAGGGAAGAUCUGCUCUAAACCACAGGAUAUUGAGGCCCAAACUCUGUCUGGACUCAGUGUGGCGGCAGCAGGGGAUGUGAUUUAUAAGAGUGACACAACUUCAGGAUUCAUCUGCAGAAACCAGGACCAAUCCAAAAAGAUGUGCAAUGAUUAUCGUGUUCGUUUCAGCUGCCACCCCCCUUUCUGUGGUGGAGGAGUGUGCUGGACAAAGUGGUAUGACCGGGACGAUCCCAGUGGAACAGGGGACUGGGAACUUUUGAGUAACCUGAAGAAAGAAAACCCAGGACAGAUCUGUGAGCACCCACUCUACAUUGAGGCUGUUACUACUGACACAAUGACCCCAGCCAUCUCUACAGGGGAGAUCCUCCAUAUCUACAAUCCAACUCAGGGAUUUGUUUGCCGCAACACAGACCAGAAAUCUGGCACGUGCCGUGACUACAAAGUUCGCUUCGGAUGCCCAUGCAAGUAAUUAAGCCCUGCCUCCACAGCCAACACAAGAAGCUUAAGAAGAGACAACGUUCAAAUUUUUAUCACUUAAAUUUUGGUCUUUUUUUUCUUUCCCAUUACAUGUUAUUUCUCACUGUGCCUGAUGACAGAAGCACUGUACACCACUUCUUCACAGCAGACAUUUUGACUUCUAAGAAAAGCAAAGGUGUUUCUGGUAACAAUAACAAUGGCUCUGUUCUAUUCAAGUGUCCCAGUGAGCCAUGACAGUGUGACUCAGCCAGCAUGUGUGAUACCAGGACUGUGACACCUAAACAGCUAAAUAUGGAAUUCAGCUCUAAUUGUUUUAAUUAUUUACGCCUGCGCUUUUACUAUGCCAAAAUGUCUUCUGUGAACACAAGGGCUUAUUAUGUGCUUUAUCAGUCUAUCGUGAUCAUCAUCUUUUAUUGUAGGUAAUUAAUCAACGGUAAAUAAAAGUGCAAUAAAACUGCAAA